CCGCUACUCUGUUGUGGAUGUGUACAUGACGAGAAAAACCUUGAUAAACGCAUCCAGGUGAGACCAUGCUGCUCACACAGGACCAGGCGGCUCUGAUUGGCCAGGUGUUUGAAGCACAUGUCCUGGAACACCACCGGAAUGACAUCCUUCAGAUUCUGCAGGACGGAGAAGAGUCCCACUACCCUGUGGUCAUCAACGCCAUGACGCUGUUUGAGGCCAAUAUGGAGGUGGGGGAGUACUUCAACGCUCUUCCAAACCUGGUGAUUCCCGUGUUUGACCUCGCCCUACAGAAGGCUGCUGAGACCAUAGGCAGCUCCUGCCCGUCCCUACAGGGAGCCCUGGGGGUCAAACCUAACCUGCAUGCACGCAUCUCAGGCCUGCCCGUGUGUCCCGAGUUGACGCGCGACCAUAUCCCACGGGCGUGCGACGUGGGCCACUUCCUGUGCGUGACGGGCACGGUGAUCCGCACGGGCACGCCCAAGCUCCUGGAGUUCCAGCGCGACUACAUGUGCGCCAAGUGCCGGCACGUGUUUGCGGCGCAGGCCGACUUCGAGCAGCACUACGCCCUGCCGGCCCCCACGCGCUGCCCCAGCCCAGAGGGAUGCACCUCCCUCAAGUUCACCUGCCUGCAGGGAGACUCGGCCACCCCGGCCGCAUGCCGCGACUACCAGGAGAUCAAGAUCCAGGAGCAGGUCCAGAAGUUGUCCGUUGGCUGCAUCCCUCGCUCCAUGCUGGUGGUCCUGGAGGAUGAUUUGGUGGACAGCUGUAAAUCAGGCGACGACGUGACGGUGUACGGCGUGGUGUGCCAGCGCUGGAAGCCCCUCCUCCAGGACGCGCGGUGUGAGGUGGAGGUGGUGCUGAAGGCCAACCACAUCGAGGUGAACAACGAGCAGAGCUCGGGGGCCGUGGUGCUCGAGGACGUCCAGAAGGAGUUCGAGGAGUUCUGGGACAAGCACAAGCACGACCCCAUCGCAGGCCGGAACCAGAUUCUGAUGAGCCUGUGCCCACAGGUAUUUGGAAUGUACGUCGUCAAGCUGGCUGUUGCCAUGGUGCUAGCCGGUGGAGUUCAGAGAAUAGAUGCUUCUGGAACCAAGGUGAGAGGCGAGUCUCACCUCUUGCUGGUGGGGGACCCUGGCACGGGGAAGUCUCAGUUCCUGAAGUACGCGGCCAAGAUCAUGCCGCGCUCCGUCCUCACCGCCGGAAUCGGCUCCACCAACGCAGGCCUGACGGUGGCGGCGGUGAAGGACGGGGGCGAGUGGCACCUGGAGGCCGGCGCUCUGGUGCUGUCGGACGGAGGCCUGUGCUGCAUCGACGAGUUCAACAGCAUCAAGGAGCACGACCGCACCAGCAUCCACGAGGCCAUGGAGCAGCAGACCAUCAGCGUGGCCAAGGCAGGCAUGGUGUGUAAGCUGGACACGCGGACCACCAUCCUGGCGGCCACCAACCCCAAGGGCCAGUACGACCCCAGCAUGCCCGUCUCGGUGAACGUGGCGCUGGCCAGCCCGCUGCUGAGCCGCUUCGACCUGGUCCUGGUUCUGCUGGACACCAAGAACCCCGAGUGGGACCGCAUCAUCUCGUCCUUCAUCCUGCAGAACAAAGCCCCCCCUGGGUCAUCCUCAGGAGCCCCUGGUGAGUCGGCGUCUCUGUGGAGCAUGGAGAAGAUGCGGGCGUACUUCUGCCUGGUCAAGACCCUGCGCCCGCGCGUCUCCUCCGACGCCAACGCCAUCCUGGCGCGCUACUACCAGCUGCAGCGCCAGAGCAGCGGCCGCAACGCCGCCCGCACCACCAUCCGCAUGCUGGAGAGUCUGGGCCGCCUGGCCGAGGCUCACGCUCGGUUGAUGUUCAGGCAGACUGUCACUGUUGAAGAUGCUGUUGUUGUGGUCUCAGUUAUGGAGUGCUCGAUGCAGGGUGGUGCUCUUUUAGGAGAAGUGAAUGCCUUGCACACCUCGUUCCCUGACGAUCCAUGUGAGCAGUACAAGACGCAGUGUCAGAUUGUUCUGGAAGGCCUGGGUCUUCCGCAUCUUUUAGAUGCCGAACUUCAGAGGCUUGCACGGCUGAAGAAGAACAUCCCGCGCACAUCCGGAGCUGGGGACUCUGGGGAGAGGGAUGGGAGUCCAGAGGAAAGCCCAAGCCGAAGGCAGCCCAACCCAGACACAGACUCUCAGAGCGGCCUGGGCUGGUUCCACUCCCUGGAGCAGCUAGAUGGUGUGGAGGAAACUGAUUCAGUGCCCCCAUCUCCCACUCCACCACCACCACCACCACCACCACCCAAGGCAGCAGCGCCAACUGGCUCCACCGCAGAGCAACCACAACAGCAGCAGCAGCAGCAGCAGCAGGAGGAGUUACCAGGCAACAGCGGAGCCCGGCGUGGAAAGGAGGCCAGUAGAAGUAGCAGCCCUGCUGCAGCUGAGGGACCGCCGCAGGGGAGGAAGAGUGGGCGAGAGGAAGAGACGCACGGAGGGAGAGAAGGAACGAAACGGGCGGAAUGUGACCACGGCAGCGUGGCGGCCAAGGCCACAAGGUCGACCUCCGGUGACCCCGCCUCUGUGGUGCAGACGGUCUCCAGAAAACUCCAUGGCAGGCGACUGCGGAAGCUAAGCGCGGAGAUGGAACGUGACGCCUCCCUCUCCUCUUCCUCCUCUUCUUCCUCACUUCAGAAGGGUGCUUUACGCCCCCAGUCCACCGGGGGCGCUGUCUCCAACAACACAGACCUAGUGGAUGCGCUGGACCAGCUUCUCUCUACUGACUCGUGGCCAGCACACAGCAGCACGCCUGUUGCAAGCAAGAGACACAUCGCGAGGAGAGCCGACUGCGCCCCUCCCAGUGCACAGACGGCUGCGCAAGAGCCUCCAGGUGAGGGGGGCGCUUUGGGAGAGGACUUGCGUAGCAAACUGACCGACUUCACCUUCAAACCAAGAGACAGAAUGCAACACACUGAUGCCCCACAGCAGAGUGAGACUAUCAGUUCAGCUGGUAAAUCUACCAGUAACACACUGAAUGCACUGAGAAAUGUGGUGAAAAAGGGUGAAAAGGGAAAGAGAGAAAAAGAAAAGGUUGGACAAAAAGAGAGAGAAGAGAAAGGAGAAGAGAGAGGAGAAGAUGCCGAUGGUGAUAGGAGCCGCAAAUUGCCACCAGGUGGCGCCAGCAGCACAGACAACAGACUCCGAUUGAGGGGUCUGUCUGAGGCAUCCAAUGAAAAGCCCUCUGGAGGGUCAUGUGACCAGAAGAAAGCAGGAACAGGAAGUGGUGUCACAGGGGAGCUGAGUGGGGGGUCGGAUCUGAAGCGCCAGCGACUGCUGCAGAGGCUGAGCUCCAUGACGACAAGCGAGGAUAGGACCGCAUCGGUGUGUGUGCCACCAGCGUCACAUUCACACACUCCAUCCUCUCAUACACCUGAUCAAGGCAAGGCCCAAGUGGCAUCCACCACGCUGGCAAAACUCUCCAGAUUCUCCUUCCUGGCAUCACCACCUCCGGAAGAGAAGACCACCAAACCAGUAACAGCAUCCACACUGGACAGUCCUCCCACAACAGUAUCAACAGACAAUGCCAACACAAGAAUGCCCACAGCACACAAAUCACCCGCGAUACCCACAGCAGACAAGACUGCAUCCUCAACAGGGACUGCUUUGCACACAAAGCAGUUGGGCUCCACAGCUAAAACCGCUCGCACACAAAGCGCACUAAUCAACAAGACAGACAACCCCACCGAGACCGUCGCGGAGCCACAAACACACAGAAACACAAACACUGCCACUGGGGCAUCUGUUGGAGGCCAGCCAGCGACGGAGGAUGCUGGGAACCCCAAGAAGAGGAAGUGCUUUGAGCUGGGCUGGGGAGCCGGAGGAAAGGGGCUGUUCUCUGGCCUGUCCCUGUUCAGCUCCGCUGGGCUGGAUGAGGAGGAGGACGACGACUCUCUGCUGGGCCUGGACUGGGGGGAUGAGCCCAGCAAGAGAGCCAAGCUGUAAUUUCUGGUUGGACUGAUUUUAGGGGCGAGAGAAAAGCGGUGUCCUAAAGGCAGCAAAAUCUGCAAUUAACUGAAAUUAUGAACAAAAAUGUGGGUGUGAUUUUUUUUUAAUUUGUUUUGCAUUUGUGUGAGAUUUUAUUUUUGUGAUCCAGAGUCUCUAACUGCUGGCAUGCCAGUAUGGUAGAUGAGUUAUAGUUGUUGUCAGAUGAAUUAUGUUUCCCUUAUCAUAUUACAGAAUUAUCAUAUUAAAUAUUUACAGUGGCCGCUUUCAUUUCUCAUGAUGUGCCCAAAAUGUACUUAGACU